ACUUCCCUCUCAUGUCACUCUCUCCUUCUGCACAGGACAAGCACCAACAACAACCGAGGACAUGGCACCAGCAAAGAAGGCCAAGAGAAAGGCAGCAGAGGGUGGUUCCUCCAAUGUUUUCUCUAUGUUUGACCAAACCCAGAUCCAGGAGUUCAAGGAGGCUUUCACAGUGAUUGAUCAGAACAGAGAUGGCAUCAUUGAUAAGGAAGACCUAAGAGACACAUUUGCCGCUAUGGGACGUCUGAACGUGAAGAAUGAGGAGCUUGAUGAGAUGAUUAAGGAGGCAUCUGGACCUAUUAACUUCACCGUCUUCCUGACAAUGUUCGGCGAGAAGCUGAAGGGUGCUGAUCCAGAGGACGUCAUCACUGGGGCGUUCAAAGUGCUUGAUCCUGAAGGCAAAGGCUCCAUCAAAAAGCAGUUCCUUGAGGAGCUUCUCACCACUCAGUGUGACAGAUUUACCCCAGAGGAGAUUAAGAACAUGUGGACAGCAUUCCCCCCUGAUGUGGGCGGCAAUGUAGACUACAAGAACAUCUGCUACGUGAUCACCCACGGAGAGGAGAAGGACCAGGAAUAAAUGGGACCCUAUUCAAGCCCUUUGGGGGUGCAUAUGGCACAUCCCGUGCACCCCAACCUGCUGUAUAUUGCGUCUUAUUUUAUAAACUCAUCCAACCAAAGACACCACUGUAAUUUAUUUCUUCUGGGGUUUCCUGAAAGGAAGACCCCAGUGUGUUCCCUUCCCCUCCAUCCUCUGUCUCUCUCCUGCACACUUUGCUCUUGGAUGUCUUAACUGGAACUGUGGAAUCCUGGGGGGGAGAACAAGCUCAAUAAAAUCAACUUUUUAUUCUAA